UCUGUGGUAACUUUGAGUAUGAUGCUCGUGAGGGUGAUCUUGAACGGCUAUUCAGGAAAUAUGGCAAGGUUGAGAGGGUGGAUAUGAAAGCUGGAUGUGUGUUAAUCUUGGGAUGCCCAUACUCCCACCAGCUUAUGAAUGGACCAUAGGAAAACUCAUCUCCUUGGUCCCCAAAACAAGUCACUUACCAUCCGCUAUAGCACUGCUAUCUUAAUUGCAUUUCAUUCCUCAUAGUCGUUGCACACUUGGACAUACCUCUGCAAUGGAGAAGGCACUCUCUUUUCAUUCACAUCCCGUCUGACUUCCACAUUUUCAGUUGUUCCUUGACAUAUUAAUUCCAUAAUGCAAGGCUUUGCUUUUGUGUACAUGGAAGAUGAAAGGGAUGCUGAAGAUGCUAUCCGAGCGCUUGACCGCAUUGAAUUUGGGCGUAAGGGACGCAGACUUCGUGUUGAGUGGACAAAGAGUGAACGAGGAGGUGAUAGAAGAUCUGGUGGUGGUUCAAGGAGAUCCUCAUCCAGCAUGAAACCUUCCAAGACUCUCUUUGUUAUCAACUUUGAUGCGGAUAAUACUAGGACCCGGGAUCUUGAGAGACACUUUGAGCCAUAUGGAAAAAUCGUAAACGUUAGGAUCAGGAGGAAUUUUGCAUUUAUCCAAUACGAGGUGCAAGAGGAUGCCACCCGGGCACUGGAUGCUACAAAUAAUAGUAAGCUGAUGGAUAAGGUGAUCGCUGUGGAGUAUGCGGUGAAGGAUGAUGAUGCUAGAGGGAAUGGUCACAGUCCUGAAAGACGCCGUGAUAGGUCACCUGAAAGAAGAAGGCGAUCACCUAGUCCUUACAAAAGAGAAAGAGGAAGCCCUGAUUAUGGCCGAGGUGCUAGUCCUGUUGCUGCAUACAGAAAGGACAGGACCAGUCCUGAGUUUGGCAGAAGACGUAGCCCAAGUCCUUACAAGAAAUCAAGGCGUGGAAGUCCCGAGUACAGUCGUGACCGCAGAGGCAAUGAUAGUCCUCGUAGGAGGGAGAGAGUCGCAAGCCCUAAGUACAGCAGCCGCAGUCCCAACAACAAGAGAGAUAGGAUGAGCCCUAAUCACAGUCCACUGAAGAAGGAAAGUCCGAUAAAUGGAGCGGGUGAAGUUGAUAGUCCAGUUGAAAGGAGGAGGGAGAGAUCGAGGUCUAGCCCUGAGAAUGGCCAAGUUGAAAGCCCUGGCUCAAUUGGAAGAAGAGACAGUGAUGGUGGCUACGAUGGUGCAGAGAGCCCAAUGCAGAAGAGCCGGUCUCGUUCACCACCUGCUGACGAGUGAUGAAAAGUGGAUCCACAACCUCUAUCAAAGUAGGAUGUUGUAACUGUUUGUUUCGUCGUAUUUAGAUUUGGUCUCUUGCUUAAAUGCCUUUUCCGGUAGAUUACAACUUGGAUCUCUUUUUAUUGUCGGAUUAUAAAACUUUUGUCUGUGUGCCAAGGUACUGCAUUUUCCGUUAUUAUCAUCUCAGUUUGAACUCCAA